UUGUUCCACUUCUGACAGACAGAGAAGAAGAGACCCGGAUGUGGCUGUCAUGUGACAGCGCCGAAGUGAAAUUGUUGCGGAAGUGCUUUGUUUUUGUUUUCUUUUUUUAUGGUUCUCGAAUUGUCCGCAUCUUUGUGAGUGAAGGUUUGUUUGUGCAGCCGUUCUUCGUGCUCAUCAUGGCGGAGCCCACAGCGUCCGGAGUCUUCUGCAGCAGGAUGCUCAGCAUGGUGAACUCGGAGGACGUGAACGCCAUCAUUCAGGCUCAGAGACACAUGCUGGAUCGCUUUGAGAAAACCAAUGAAAUGCUGAUUAACUUCAACGGCCUGUCGAAUGUGCGGCUGCAGCAGAUGAACGAGCACUUUCUGCUCCACACCCGCACCCUGGUGGAGAUGAAGAAAGAUCUGGACAGCAUUUUCAGACGGAUCAGGACACUGAAAGGGAAGAUAGCUAAGCAGUACCCAGACGCUUUCAGCAAUAUCCAUGAGUCUCCAAUCCUGGAGGACGAUGAUGAUGAAUUUGACCCAGUCCCCCCGAGUGUUGCCACAACAGCCACAACAGCCACGUCGGAGCAGAGCACAGAGUCCUGCGACACAAGUCCAGAUGUCAUCUCACCCACCGUGAGCAGAUGCUCUGAAGACCUGUCCCAAGAGCCGCCUGACACGCCCACCUCUGACAUCCCAGAGAUAGGAGUCCUGCGGGACGAGGGUCCGGACUCUGUACCUGCAGAAUAAAUUGGACUGUUUGUUAAUUUAAUUUAUGUCAGUUAAAGCUGGGCGUGACCCUUCAGACUAUUUGAGCAGGUGAUGUGGUGUAUUUGAAUCUGUGUUGACCUCAUUUCCAGUCAAAUGUCUGUUUAUUGAAGAUCACAAGUUUCAUAUUCCAGAUCUGAGGAUGCUGGAAUUAUUUUGGCAUGCUCACUAGUCCUGUUUGUGCACAAACCAAUAUGGAGCAGAAAGUACUUGAAGUUGUAAAGUAAUAUUUUCCUGUAGAUAUGCUUAAUGUAUUGACAGUAAAAAUAACCAAAAGCCUGCA